AUGCAAUCCUGGCUUGUCUUCACCGUGCUGGCCUUCGCCGCGGCAGCGCCCAGCUGUGAGGAGUCGUCGCUGCUGCAGCGCGUCUCCUUGGAGGGCCAAGACGAGGCGAAGUCCGACGGCUCCCAGGCCACCGAGGCGCAGAUCGAGGCCGCCCCGCUUCUCGUCAUCCACGCCGGCAUCCACAAGACUGGAACCACGGCCACGCAGUUUGCUCUCAAGAAGUGCCAGAGCUGGGCCGAGCAUUUCGGCAUUACUUCGCUGGUCAGCAAGAAGGAGAAAGCGAUCGCGAACCACAACUUCCUGGUGCACCUCUCCGAGUUGGCGAAGAACCCCGUGCCCCGCUUCAGGGAGGCCUACGACUGGCACAACGAGGCGACCUUCAACGAGACCUGGGGCAUGCUGCAGAAGUGCGAGGAAGGGCAUCACAAGGGAAAGCCUUGCAAGGCUGUGAUCUCUUCCGAGCUCUUCACAGAGGCUGCCUUGCCCGUCUGGAAGCUCUUCCUUCAACAGCUGAAGGGCUGGAACGUGAGGGUGUUCAUCAUGCAGCGCGACUACAACGCCUGGCUCCGGGCCCUCUACGGCGAGUACCACAGGUCCUACAUGCUGGACACCGCGAACAAUCCCAUGCCACUGCUGGAGUUCAUUACGCAGGGUCCUGGUGCUUUCUUCUCUGCUGAGAGUUUGCUGCAUCGCGUCAAGGCCGCCUUCCAGAACCUCUGCGGGACCAAGGCAGGCCCUCUGCACUGCUCCGUCAAAGGCGCCUCCUACGACCACUUCUUGACCAACAGCCAGGACCAAUACGAGUACCUGAUGCUCAACCUGACCAUGAACGUCACCGGCAACGACUUCCACCGUGUGAACCAGAGCCUUUGGAAGUAUUGCCCGAAGCGCAGCCACAGCAACCCCUCGGCGGUGAACUCCUCGAUCGGUGUUGGCAUCGUGCGCCUCCUGGCCAAUGACCACAUUGCCAACGGCUGCACUUUGCCUUUCAAGAUGACCGCCUUCAAUGGCUCGGUUUUGCACCUGGCCCAGGAGGGUGACAUGCCGACCUCCUGCAUUGAUGCCAAGUCCUUGGUCAAGGACGACAUGGACAGGUGGUUCAAGGAGACCGAUGGCCGCGUGCCCAAUCUGGAGUCCAGUGAUCCGGUCUGUGUGCUGAAGGAGCGUGGCAUGACUGCAGACGCAUGGAAGAAGCUCCGUCGCAUCGCUCCGCCCUGCCGACCGUCAGACUUGCAGGCAGUCCAACAGGGCCAGCAGGGACAGCAAGGUCAGCACGGCCAGCAGGGCCAGCAGGGCCAGCAGGGCCAGCAGGGCCAGCAGGGUCAACACGGCCAGCAGGGCCAGGGUCAGCAGGGAAAACAGGGCCAACAGGGCCAGCAAGGCCAGCACGGCCAGCAGGGAAAACAGGGCCAAUGGGCCCAGCAAGCUGGGAAGCAGCAGGCCUCCAAGUGA